AUGCCCGCGACGAUGUUGAGUCCUCAAGCAGCCGUCCCAAAACCAACACAGACCUUAACGGGCGAACACCAUCCCUCCUCACCUCUUCGCCCUAAUGCCGCAAUUUUUAACCCAAUUCUAUCACCACGUCCUGGUGGUGGGUUUGGUGUGCCUCCUUCACCACGGUUUGGGGUUGUAGGAGGUGAAAGUCUUGACCAAUGGUUCAAGGAUCUGCGAAAGUAUGAAGCUACGCUUAGUGCAAUGGCGGCCGCCUCAGAGGAGCCGAAGUUUAGAGAAGAGCUGGGCACCAUCGAACAAUGGUUUACGCUGCUCACCGACUCUGAACAAACCGCUUCUUUAUACACCCUCAUUCAACAUGCUUCCCAAGAACAACUCACAUUCCUCAAAGCUGUACUCCAACAGCUGACGGACAACAAUGUUGAUUCGAGGCAAGCUUCACCCGCUACGACACGUCCGCCGCUAAGUGUUCGUCUACCGGGAACACCACGGACACCUGGAUUUAGUCUCACUUCGGCCCUUUCACCUGCAACCUCCCACAAUCCUCACACCAAAGAUCUCGAUAGGGCGGCUAUAGCAGCGGCAGCGGCCUCUCCAGUGUCGGCUACCGAACCCAACAGCCAGGAACUAUUCAUUAAACCCGCGGAGGAAAUGAACUGGGCGAACAUGGUCAACACACCGAUGGAUUUGAUGUUCCAAAAACCUCAAAAUGGAGCACAAGGUAUCCUUCCCGGGAUGCCCAACAUGAUGGGAAUGCCAGCAUUAAACCCCCUUGUGUUCAAUCAAGGAAUGAUGGGAUAUUCGAACGAAGCUCAACUUUUGGCCCUCCAGUUGAUGAUGAGUGGUAUGACCAUGCAGCCCCCGAUGGCAGCGCAAACUACCCACAACGGCCCGAAAUCGACAUCCCAACAACGACAAUCUCAGAAAGGUCAAACGUCUGGGUCGAAUAACUGGAGGUCGGGGUCAAAUAACCGUACUUCCGCUUCGAAAUCCAAAGACAAAAGUUCCGCUUCUUUGUCUGCCACCACGACCAAGCCCGAGGAUGAAGUGGAUCCAGAGCUCUUGAAUGACAUUCCAGCGUGGCUAAAAACGUUACGGUUGCAUAAAUACACGGAUUGUUUCAAGGGCAUGACGUGGCAAGAAAUGGUUGUACUCGACGAGGAUGAAUUGGAAAAGAAAGGGGUUUCAGCCUUGGGUGCACGUCGGAGAUUGACCAAGAAUUUCGAUGCUGUGAAGAGGAAAAUGGGGAUGAUGGUCGACCCAACACCAGAUGCAGAUGCAGAUGCACUGGCCAACGCACCAGCAAACCCCGGAGACAUUACAACGAGUACGUCGUGA